CAGAGCAGCAGAGAAUGAAUCUCUGGGCGGAGGAAGUUAGUGCUGGACGGUGUUCUCACUACCUCACAUGUCGAGCAGUAAGGCUACAAGUGUCCACAGAGUCUACAGGAGAAGGAAAUGUUAAUACCGGUGUGACACACUUUUUAGCAACGCAACAAAAGUGAAGUUGGCGCGGUUAGCUAACACGGUCCGCGAAGGAAAGGAGGAUUUAUUCGUCAGGAAGGUGUAUGCUGCCAGGCUAACACAUGUGUGUAUGAGAGCCAGGGGUCACACUGUAAGAGGAGGACCGCCGACCCAAACCUGGGGAUCCAGCGGAGCCCCGGGGUGCUGGAAUGGAGCAACUCAUGGAGUCGCUGGAGAGGAAGCUGCAGAGACCCAUACUGGCGAAGUCCCGUACUCUUCCCAGCAUCCCUCAGUCUCCUACAGUCUCCAGGGUCCAUCACGCUGAUCUGAUUGGUGGAAGUCCUCCUCGCAGGAAGAACCCGCCCCCUGACGCCAACCACCCGAAGGCCUGCACGUUACCACCUGCAGCGGAGCUUUGGCGUUUGGAGGACGACAUGGAGGGCGAAGAUGAGCCCGAGCAUGGGGGGUGCACCCAGGUUCGCCCUCGCUCCCAGUCGCCCUUUUCCCACUUCCGGGCGCGAGCUGCUUACCUCCGCAAGAGCGUCUCAGCGGACGACCACCUGGACAUGGGCGACGACUUCAGCCCCGACCCCCCAGUGGAGGUCAAGCCGAGCCGUAGCAAUAAGGGCAAGCUGAAGAGGAACUUCAGUCUCGGCUCUGCUGACCGAAAAGAAAAUCAGCCCAAGAAGUCAGAGUCAGGGAUCUCCAAAUUGACCAAUCGUCUGUCCCUCAAAGACCGUGUUGCCAAAGCAGAGAAGACUUCCACGAACCGACCUCCAUCCUACAGGAGACGAUCUCUCAGUCUGGACUGAGGCAGAGGGGGUUACAAUACUGAUGUGUGAGAGACACCAAGAGAAACUGGAAUAAAUAAAUAGAUGAAUAAACCGGAAAAGAGAGAUAGCUCACCAAGAUGCUAAUAUGCAAAGUUGUGGAUCUAAUCUUAUUGACAGUCAGAUGUCAGUGUGUUUAUGUGUCUGUGCUAGUUUGUGUACUGCUGACAACAGGUUGGAUGGAUUUGUUCUUUCCUACGGUUUGGACCGUGUCAUUGAUAUGUUGCAACAUACAGUAAACUGGGAGUAUUCAGACUAAGCAACAUUUUCCACUCAGUCAGUCUUUUCACAUUUUCUUUGAAGUGUUUCUGAGAUUUCCCUCUGCACACAACUGUUAUGAGCUGUUAUGUGCAUACUUGUGGCUGCUUUUUAGCUCAACACAAAAAUCUGAGAAAUUCUGCGAUGCUGGAACCACCAGCUAUAUUCUUUUAACAUUAAAUCCCAGGUUUUUCCCAUUGUGGCUUUUAGUCAAUAAUUGUCUAGACUGCGUAUUUUAUAUGUAGUCUUUGUUUACAUGUGACUCACUGUCUGGAGCUGUUUGUGUAAAUAGGACGAUACUGCUAAUAAAGUGAACGCUGCGUAUGACUGUUUGCAGUUUGGGGGUGUUGAUUGUUGGUCGGGCUGAUGCAGUCUCACUGUAUUUGAUGUGGGAUUGAUCGGGGGCCAAACAUGAAGCCUUUUGGUUGAGACUUUGGUCUCUAAGAACAACUGCUUCCUGUUUCCUGAACCUGGUAAAAGUGUAGGAAAUUGUGUGGCAUAGCCUGUCUGUGUGUUGUUGUUUUGGAUCUCUAGUCUUUUACCCAGAUUAUUCUCAGUUGUAGGCCGUGCUUUGAUAUUACGCAUAGUCAUCAUUCAAGUUUUUUCAAAAUAAAGUAUAAUUACCUGUCUAUCAAAAUUCAAAUUCAAAACCUUUAUUUAUACAGAUAAAACCCAUUGAGAUCAUAGACCUCUUUUACAAUGGUGACCUGCUUCAAUUAUAUUAUAUAUAUAUAUAGUAGUAUUAAUUAUAAGUGCCUGAGUCCUCUUUCCUGCGGCUGGAUGGAUUAGUCUUCUAAAGAAUAGAAAAGUAA